AGGAGGUGUAGUUUAUUACAUCACGGUUUCGUGCCUCCUUUGCGUAGUCACGACGUGAACGAAACCUAUUUGAUAUUAAUAUCUUUUAUUCGACAAUGGCGGUUGCUCCUGGAAAAUGUGAAACACCUGGAUGCGAAGCAGAAGCUAGCUUACAAUGUCCAACCUGCUUAAAAAUUGGUAUACAGGGCUCAUACUUUUGUACUCAGAAAUGCUUUAAACAAAGUUGGAACACGCAUAAAGUAAUUCAUCAACUUGCAAAAGGAGAAAAUACGGAUAAAACUACCAAAGAGUUCAAUCCUUGGCCCAAUUUUCACUACACUGGAAAGCUACGUCCCUUCAAGAAUCUACCACGUCGUGAAGUACCAGAAUAUAUUGGCCGUCCAGACUAUGCUCGACAUCCAACUGGAAUUCCUAUUAGCGAACAAGCAGUCAGAGGUUCUGCUCAAAUUAAAAUGCUCAACGAUGAAGAGAUUGAAGGAAUGCGUGUUGCUUGCAAGCUUGGUCGAGAGGUCUUGGAUGAGGCUGCAAAAGCAUGCGAUGUAGGUGUUACAACAGCGGAAAUUGACAGGGUUGUCCACGAAGCCUGUAUAGAACGAGAUUGUUAUCCUUCUCCAUUGAACUAUUACCAGUUCCCUGCUAGUUGUUGCACAUCGGUCAAUGAAGUAAUCUGCCAUGGUAUACCUGAUACCAGGCCACUACAAGAUGGAGAUAUCUGUAAUGUCGAUGUCACUGUAUAUCAUAAAGGUUUUCAUGGAGAUCUGAAUGAAACUUUUCUGGUAGGAAAUGUUAAGCCAGAAGUCAAAAAGUUAGUUGAAGUAACGUACGAGUGUUUAUCGAAAGCUAUAAAUAUUGUACGCCCUGGUGAAAAAUACAGAGAUAUCGGUAAUGUGAUACAGAAGCAUGCUCAGGCUAAUGGUUUCAGCGUCGUACGUAGUUAUUGUGGACAUGGCAUACAUCGUCUUUUCCAUACUGCACCGAAUGUACCGCACUACGCCAAAAAUAAAGCGGUAGGCAUUAUGAAACCCGGCCACUGCUUCACAAUAGAGCCAAUGAUAUCUCAAGGUACAUGGAGGGAUGAAAUGUGGCCCGAUGGUUGGACUGCUGUCACAGCAGACGGUCGAUGGUCAGCACAAUUCGAACAAACUCUUUUGGUCACAGAAAAGGGUUGUGAUAUUCUAACAAAACGUCUGACAAAUGACGGUAAACCAUGGUUCAUGGAUCAUUCUUAGUACAGUUUUUCGUAACAAUGAUGAAAAUCAAAUAACGUCAUCGAGAUGUGCGUAUUCUAUUUUUAACAGUAAAAUUAAGAUUUUUUUUCCGUGCCUGUUUUGUCGAUUGAAAAAACAUUGUGUCAAAACUGAAAGUGACUAACCAGACUAGAGAAACCAAUGGAAAUGGCCGUUCCCAAUACAGAUUUUUUAACGUUUCUCUUCCUAACCAAAAAGGAAAAGAAUACUGGUUCCUGUAUCAUAUUAAUAUUUCAUCAAAAUGAUGAGUAUGUAAAUACACACGAGUAUAAUUACCUUUCAAUUACGCGGGUUGUUCAAAAUAAAAUAUUAAAAUUAUGUA